AUGCAUUUGUCAAUGGAUACCCUGGGAAUAGUGGAUGAUAGUUGCCUAGACAACUAUGACAUGGCAAAAGGUGCUGGGUCAAGUGCCGGAGGCAGGGUUCACAGUAUCGAUGUCAUACUGGGAUUCACUAAAGACCAGGAGCCUUUACUCCAUUCAGCAGAAGGUGAUGAAAGCCAGAAAGCAAAUGGAGCAAACCCUCAGGAUCCUGAAAAGAUGGUCCCAUCGGACCCCUACGCUCACCUACCAGACCUCGGAGACAGCUCCCAAAAUUCUUCCUACCAUGAAUCUGACAUUUUCUCUGGUGACAAAUGUGAGGGAGAGAUGAGCAACUUGCAAAAGGAGGCAGAUGAUGCUGAGGGAUCACCAGAGACCACUAAAGAUGAAGAGCACUCUAAAAAGAAACACAGAAGAAACCGCACCACUUUCACCACCUAUCAGCUUCAUGAGCUGGAGCGAGCCUUUGAGAAAUCUCACUAUCCAGAUGUCUACAGCCGUGAAGAGCUGGCAAUGAAAGUCAACUUGCCUGAGGUUCGAGUUCAGGUGUGGUUCCAAAAUCGAAGGGCAAAGUGGAGACGUCAAGAAAAGAUGGACACCACAACCAUGAAGCUCCAUGAUUCCUCCAUGCUAUCCUUCAACCGUCCACCGAUGACUCCAAACGUGGGGCCAGUAGCCAAUCCAAUGCCGCUAGAUCCCUGGCUGACCUCACCUAUUUCCAGUGCCACACCCAUGCAUACCAUUCCAGGUUUCAUGGGUUCACCUCAGAGCCUACAACCCACCUAUCCAAGUCAAAGCUUCCUUAACGCCCCGCCAAUGACGGUCCAGUGUAUGCAGCCACAUAUGGGGCCACCUCCUUAUCAAUGUCCUCCCAGCUUCAAUGACAAAUACCCAACGGAGGAUGACAGGAGUUCAAGCAUCGCAGCACUCAGGAUGAAGGCCAAAGAGCACAUUCAGUCAAUGGAUAAAACCUGGCAGCACAUGUGA